UUUACAUGAUUACCGCGUGGUAAGUUUGGAAUUCAAAAUCCCUUCUAGUACGGGAAAGAGGCGAGGCUUCCAUUCCAAGCCUGCGCGGCGGUCCUCCGGGCGGGCUCUCGCACUCGCGGUCGCGGAGAGAUCUCCGAGCAUCCCCCGCCGCUUCCGCUACAGGUAAGGAAUGGGAGGGGAAACUACAGGAAACACGGUCUCCGUUGCCCCGGUGGAGAAGGCACUGUCCCUCUCCCUGUACGUUUUCCUGUGAGAUCCCUGCUAAUUUGUUCACGGAGCUGUAUCUUGUGAGAGCAUUACACUACCAUGACGAAGUCCAGUGCGGUUACUUCGAAGGGCAAGGCCGCAUUUGAGCUGAAGCACAGGCUGGUCCAAGCUGUUAACAAGAUUGCUGACAGAGACACAUACCAGAUUGGAUUGGAUGAGCUCGAGAAGAUGGCGGAUACCCUGGCCCCUGACAUGAUCGGUCCCUUCUUGUCAUGUGUGAUUGACACUGAUGCUGAGCAGAAGAGUGCAGUGCGCAAGGAGUGCAUCAAGGUGAUUGGCACACUGGCACGCUUGCAUGGGAACCUACUGGCACCACACAUGGCGAAAAUGGUGUCCAGCAUCGUUAAGCGCCUGAAGGACACCGACUCAGUUGUUAGAGAUGCAUGUGUUGACACUUGUGGUACCCUUGCAAUGUGCGCCAGAAGUUAUGGGGAUGGUGGUGCGGCAUUGGUGGCAUUGGUGCGCCCCCUGUUUGAAUCACUGGGUGAACAGAAUAGAUAUGUUCAGGCUGGGGCAGCAUUGUGCUUGGCCAAGGUUAUAGAUGAGAGCAAUUACUUCCCUGGACCUGUUCUCCCGCAGAUGCUUGUCCGUGUUGUUAAGCUGCUCAAGAAUCCCCAUUUCAUGGCAAAGCCCGCAGCGAUUGAAUUGAUAAGAAGCAUUGUUCAGGCUGAAGGUGCUUCCACAGAGCAGGCGUUAUCAUCAGCUCUAACAAGUAUUAUGGAUGCACUUAAGAGUAGCGACUGGAAUACAAGGAAGGCUGCCUCUCUUGCUCUUUCAAGUAUUGCUGUCAGUUCUGGGUAUUUGGUUGCCUCUUUCAGAACUUCCUGCCUUCGCUCCCUUGAGCGUAGUAAAUUUGAUAAGGUAAAACCAGUUCGUGAUGCCAUUAUACACGCAAUUCAGCUGUGGAAAGCUAUUCCAGGGUCUCAUACUCCUGAACCAUCGGAAGCUGGAUCAUCAACAAAAGAGAACUUCUUUGGUGACCAUCAUGAUGCCAGAAGUAUACAUGAUGGUGGAUCACGAGAUACUUCUUUUAGGAGAACAGAUCAUGGGCCUUCCGUAUCUGUUACCAGUGGCAGUUCUAUCACUUCAGCAAAGAGGAGAUCCCCUUUGUCAAUCAACAAAAUAGCCCUAAACAAUGCUGCAAAUAUGCAUCGCUUGAAGUCUGGUGAUUGGCGUGUUGAGGUGUCAGUUCCAAAGCAGAAUAUGAUGCCAUUGGUUGAUAUUGAUGAGAAGGGGUCCAGUAAAGUCUGCAUCCUAAAAGAUGCAAAGAGAAAUGCAUAUGAAAUCGCUGAUGAAGACAGUAAGUUUGACUAUGACAUCUUGGAUGAUAAACAAGAAUGCUCCUCUGUGUCAGAAGUAGCCAGCAGGAGUUGUGAGACAAAGCAUGUCACUACUGCUCAGGAAUGUAUUGAAGAUUGUGAAUCGACACAAGUCACUGAACGAUGUCCUAGGGGUCAAGAGAGUAAGAGCAUAGAUUCAACAGUUACAGAUGUUACUGCACAUGGCACACAUAGUUGUUGUCUAAAUACCAUGAAUGAAUUGGCACUCAUUAGGAAGCAACUUCAAGAGAUGGAAAGGAAGCAAGCAAAUCUUUUUGACUUGUUGCAGGAAUUCAUGUCCACCUCUGUGGAGAACAUGACGGUGCUAAAUUUGAAGGUGCACAAUUUGGAGAAUGCUGUAGACAAAACUGUGUAUACAAUCACUCAGAGUGAAAGCCGGUAUCAUCUUCCUGGUUCCAAGUUUUUUAAGAACCAAAGUGUUUCUUCUUCACCCAGGCUUUCUACUUCUACACCUAGAUCAUCUGUGGAUGCUAACUACAAGCCACCACCAAUUUCACACUUGAAACAUGAGAAGAAGUGGAUGCAUGAUCUACCAUCUAAGGGCUCAAACGUGUGCACUAAAGAGGGAGCUGAAUUUCCGAAGGAUCAUGUUCGCAGCAGAUUUAGGAAGCCUGAGACUGUGAGCUCAGAGAGUAACUUGGGAAGAUAUGUUCCAAGCUCAGCGAGAAGUCAAGCAUCAAUGGUUAAAGGGGCUUUGCCAGUUUCAUUUACCAGUUCCUGUGAGCAACCUGAAAUGCAAAAUGCAUUAUGUGCAUCUAACCAGUCUGGUGAAUUUCAAGGUACUGGCGAAAUCGAGCCUGCAUACAUGGAGGCCCUAAACUGUGGUGAUUAUGAUGAUCUGAUUGACCUAAUGGAUAGAACUGGACCAGUUCUUGAGAAGUUGUCGUGUGAGACAGCAAAUGAACUUCUAAGGGUUAUAACUUGCCAAUUUCUUAAUAAAAAGUUUUUUGACUUAGCCCUGCCUUGGCUUCAACAAUUAGCAGAUUUAAGCACGAUCUAUAAGCCAGGCCAACUUUUUGCAUCUGUGAGAGCACAAAAGGAGUUUCUUUCUGCAUUGGAGGAAGUUGCAACAAGUGGAUCUACAGAACCAGCCAUUAGGAUUGCCAUUGCACAGCUUGCAUUUAAACUGACCAAAGCUUUUGAGGUUGGCCCAUGCAGGAAAAUUUCAACUAGAGUACGCAGAGGAAAUGAAACUAUCAUGGCCACUGCAAUGUGAGAUAUUCCUCGCAAAUUGCAAUGAUGUAAUCUAGUGUAUGCUCAGGGCACGAAGCAGUGCUCUUUUUUAGAUGAAGGACAAAGCAAUGCUUUAGUGAGCUCAAUUUCUUUUUCUUGUAGCUCUACAACCUUUAUGAUGCUGUAUCUGUUUGAUUAGUGUGUGAAAGACUCAAAGGUUUCUGCAGAACGAUUGAUAGUUUGCUAGUUGAAAACAUGUGUGUUUUAGCUCUGUACUGUAGUUCUGGAAUUUGCAUUUUGCCAUUUGGCAUGACUUAAGAGUUAUGAGUAUAUGCUUGAUGCUGACAAGGUCCUACA